AAUGAUGCCAGAUUGGGAAAUUCUACCCAUACUUGUUAGAUUUUGUGGCGAUAGGGUAUUUGAGUUAGAUGUAAUAAUGUAAACUUUUAUAUAUCAUACAUUAAAUAAUUAUGAGGACUUAGGAAAUUAUUGGGAAGUAAGCAAGAAGACAUCUGGCAACACUAGAUUAAAAAAAAACUAACAUUAUUGUUUGUUUUCAUAUUUCCUCUUAAACAAAUUAAAAAAUAUCUCUAUGUUGAAAAUAUUGUGACUAAAUAUUUUUAAACAAGUAAUAUACAUAUUUUAUUGCACAUAAAAACAAUCUAAUAAUGAAACAUGGUGAAUGUUAUGAAAGGUGUCCUGGUCGAAUGUGACCCGGCAAUGAAACAAUUCCUGCUCCACUUGGAUGAAACACUUGCCCUCGGCAGAAAGUUUAUACUGCAGGACCUGGAUGAGACACAUUUAUUUAUAUCUGCUGAUAUUGUAGAGACAUUGCAAGCUCGUGUUGAUGAUUUGAUGGAUCAACUUAGCAUUCCUGUUCAUGACAAGGGACUAUAA